AUGAGUGUUGGUAUCUUGGUUGUAUCAGAUUCGGUUUCCAGGGGUUUAUCCACCGACAAGGUUGUAGACGCACUAAAACAACAGCUUGAUGGCUUUGAAUUGAAGGCUCACAAGGUUGUGCCAGACAAGAAGGAAGCAAUCCAGGCUGCGGUGUUGGACUGGGUUGGACAGGAUUUCAAGCUUAUCUUGACCGCGGGCGGGACCGGCUUCUCCCAGACUGACAUCACGCCAGAGGCCAUUGAGCCAUUGUUGGACAAAAAGGCGCCUGGGCUAGUCCAUGCAAUGCUUUCCUGUUCUCUUCAAAUCACCCCUUUUGCCAUGCUUGCUCGCCCGGUAGCUGGUGUUCGCGGAGAGUCCUUGAUUAUCACCCUGCCCGGCUCGCCAAAGGGAGCCACCGAAAAUUUCCAGGCAAUCAAAGGGGUCAUUGGGCACGCUCUUUUGCAACUGGGGGUUGAAAGCUCAAGAUCGCUGCACAAGGAGUCCGGUUCUAGCCAUCAUCACCAUCACCAUCAUCAUCAUCAUGGACACCUUGCCAAACACGAAUUGGUCGACUCUGUCGUUGCGAGACAUCGAGUCUCGCCCUAUCCCGCAAUCUCUGUUGAGGAAGCCUACACAAGGAUCAGCGACAACACGCCAGCUCCAGAAAUAAUCGAGCUGAGCAUUUUGGACCCUCGUCUAGUGGGCAGCGUGGUUGCUGAAAAUGUUACUGCCCAGAUAGACGUUCCAAAUUUUCGCGCAAGUAUUGUGGACGGAUAUGCGGUGAUCAGCUCUGAUGGACCGGGUGUCUACCCCGUUGUUAGCGUUUCUCAUGCUUCCAAAAAUGACCAGAAAGAGCUGGUGGCAGGACAAAUCGCGAGAAUCACCACGGGAGCUCCGCUUCCUGAGGGGGCCGACGCCGUAGUGAUGGUCGAGGAGACACGACUAGUGGAAACCACAGAAGACGGGAACGAGGAGAAGCUCGUUGAGAUACUGGCGAAAAACGUCAAGACCGGGGAGAAUAUCCGGGCCAUUGGUUCUGACACCAGAAAGGACAGCGUGGUGCUCGCGAAAGGAUCAAAAAUCUCGCCAGGGGGAGGAGAAAUAGGGGUUUUGGCUAGCGUGGGGGUGAGCAGAAUUAAAGUGUACCGCAAACCGGUGGUCGGGCUGCUAUCUACUGGAAAUGAACUGCAGGACGUGCAAACCGAAAAAAAGCUACAUUAUGGAGAAAUAUACGACAGCAACAGACCGACGCUAGUGUCCAUGGUGCAGAAUUGUGGGUACGAGUUAGUCGAUCUUGGAAUCGCCUCAGAUACCAAGGAGUCUCUAAUCAAAACCAUAAAGGAUGCUGUGGACGUCAAAAAAAUUGACUGUUUAAUCACCACUGGAGGAGUGUCCAUGGGAGAGCUUGACCUGCUAAAGCCGACGAUCGAGAAUGAACUCCGCGGUACAAUCCAUUUUGGACGUGUCAGAAUGAAGCCUGGCAAGCCAACAACUUUUGCGACGAUCGACAAAUCCACGGUUGUCUUUGCUCUACCCGGCAAUCCUGCCUCUUCUUCUGUUUGCUACCAUUUAUUUGUCCUACCUUGUUUGUUGAAAUGGCAAGGACUUGAGCCAUCAGUUGGCCAAAAAUUGCCUACAGAGCCGAUUGUUAAAGUCAAGCUUGCAGAGGACUUGGGACUGGACCCACAGCGUCCUGAAUACCAGCGGGUCAGCAUUUGGCAGUCAGACAUGGCUCUAGUUGCGCACUCUACAGGGUUCCAAAGAAGCAGCAACAUCGGAUCUUUUAAGAAGGCGAACGGGCUUGUGUGUCUUCCUGCUGCCAGUGACUUUGGAAAAUCGGUGAUGAAAGCAGGGACGGUGGUGGACGCCAUUCUCAUCGACCAGAUCUUGUCGAUCGGACUAGUUCGGUCAGGGCGAAAGGCCGAUAUCGCGGGCCGCAUAGAGCAGUUUUUCUCGAGUGGAAAGUAUCAGGGAGAUAACGCGCGUUUACUUGCCGUUCGAGCGCUCAUAAUGAAAGCAUCCAUAGGACAGGAACUUCCUCCAUACCAGGCACUGUAUGCCACGUAUCGCACCAAUGCCCACACAAUCCAUGUUCCAAACCAGUACACUCCAGCACAGCCGUCAGCGCCGCCGCCUGCCGUCCGACCUACUCCAACUGCUGUGUUCAAGAAGAGCGAUUUCUACAAUCUGAGACAGCCACUACACGCAAAUGGAAUGAAUCCUAUUCUCGCACCCCAAAAGAUAAAGGAUCGAGGAUGUUGCAGGUUUGUUUUCAACUUGCUUCCAGAAGAAGGACAGCUGCUGGCGAGUAGUCCCAACAUGCGAGUGUGUCUGAUUUCCGCGCAGCGUUCUGUUUCGAUGAGCGAGCAGGAUGUGGAAUUUCCGCAACCGAACGAAAUUACAUUGAACGGUGUAAAGUUGAAGCAAACGGGACGUGGAAUCAAAGGAAAGCCAGGGUCUGCUAAGCCCAUAGACUUGACUGAACACCUGCGAUUGAGCGAGACUAAUAGACUGGAUGUGGUGUAUGCCUUCACAAACGUUGAUUUUUGGCUUUAUCUAUAUAUUGUGGAGACAAUUCCAGUGGACUCGCUUUUGGACGGGGUUGUCAAAAAGGCGCACAUUUCUGAGCAACAGACCAUCAACAGCAUCAAGGAGAGACACCAGGAAGACGAUGACGAUCUAAUCCAGACAGAAAAAGAGGUGGUUUCGCUGAUGUGUCCGUGCUCAUUCAUUAAAAUGCGGUACCCGUGCCGCUCGACCAAAUGCCACCACAUCCAGUGUUUUGACGCGCUUUCGUUUUUGCAAUUGCAGCAGCAGGCUCCGACCUGGCAAUGUCCCGUGUGUUCGACCAGAAUUGAGCUCAACGAUCUGGCCUUAGACGACUACUUUCUGAAGAUAGUGCAGCAAACGGGAGAAGACGAUGAAGCCAUUGAAAUCGACGAGCAGGGCAACUGGACCGUGAAGCACGAGACCGAGGAGCCAAGAGAGCAGAGUGUGCAGCCCCAGGCCCACGAAAAAAGCGAGGAGCCGGUGGCUGUCAUUAGUCUUGACAGCGAAGAAGAGGAUGACGCACAAGAGGCGCAGAAUAAUGUCCCCAGUGAAACGAAUUCUGCCCUGCGUCAAUGCCGUACGGAAAGUCCCGAUGCACUUUCUUUGCACGUUCCGGAACGCCGCGAGGAGAAAAACGAGGCAGAAAAUAUGCAUGCUUAUUCUGUGCCUCCAGGUCCACCACCUCGUGUUUUCGAGGUGAUCAGCCUGGAAUCUGACGACGAGGAAACAGAUAUCAACGGCUCUGAACCGUACCAUCCAGAAUCUUCUGAGACUCCGAAUUUCGUCGAGGGACUAGCCCCGCACGCUCCAAAUUACCAGCCUUUCGAGCCUGUCGCCGACGACCUUACUAGAAACGUGGCUGCGCAUUCGGCCGAAGAAAAACAAGAGUCAACAGACAAAAUUGGUGCGCAGAAUCUUUUAAUGCACGACGCUUCCCCUGACGUUGUCACAAACGGCAAUUCAGAUAGGGGCCGCGGCGAGAGUGACGGGACGCGGAGAAAUAUUAGCGAUCCCCUGUUAGGUUUUCAUCUACCGUUGUAAAUUAUGUAUGUACAGUACUCCUCUAUAUAGGAAUC